CUCAAGGUCAGAGUCAGCAAAUCCUACUCUAAAAAUAGGCUCCAGUUUCAAAGUCGGUAAGGCUUCUUUUGUCGUCCUGCCACACUUCACAGAGUCCAGCCACCUAGAGCACCUGCCCAAGCUCACAGCUUCCUGCACGGCCCGGGCACACCACGCCAUGGACAAAACGCCAUCAGCAGGUUUGAACACUGGGAAGAAAAACGCAUACAUGGCAAUCAAAGUAGAUCCUGAUGAGGAUUACUGCACCCCAGGUGCAUUUGAAUUGGAGCGACUCUUCUGGAAAGGAUGCCCAAAGUACACUCAUGUCAAUGAAGUCUGGCCCAACCUCUACAUAGGAGAUGAGAAAACUGCAUUAGACCGCUACAGUCUUGAGAAGGCAGGCUUCACCCACAUCCUCAAUGCGGCUCAUGGUCAGAAGAACGUGGACACAGGGCCAGAAUAUUACCACGACAUGGCUGUGGAGUACCAUGGAGUGGAAGCAGAUGAUCUCCCCACUUUCAAGCUCAGCCAGUUCUUUUAUUCCGCUUCUAAAUUCAUUGAUAAUGCGCUUCAGGAUGAAAGAAACAAGGUCCUGGUUCACUGUGCUAUGGGUCGCAGCCGGUCAGCCACACUGGUCUUAGCUUACCUGAUGAUUUACAAGAACAUGACAGUGGUGGAUGCCAUUGAACAAGUAUCAAGGCACCGAUGCAUCUUGCCAAACCGGGGCUUCUUGAAGCAGCUGAGAGAACUGGACAUAGCGUUGGCACUGCAGAGGAGGAACACCAAAAACAGCCUACCAUCCAAUGAUGAUGAAACCAGCACCAUGAUCUAGUGUUGCUCCUGGCAGGAUUGUGCUACUGGAAAAGAAACUUCAUAAAAGGAGGGGAGGAAAAGGUGUAGUUAAUCACACAGUCACAAGGAUCUUUUGUUAUCUGGAAGGAAAAACAUCACAGCCAUUUCAAAUGGUGUCAGGAUGGGAAAAGAAUGGAAGCCAAAUUUAAAACGCUUGUUCUUAGGAUAUCCUAGCUUUAACAGCUCCUUGUGAGAUCAACAAAUAAAAUCUUCUCUGUAAAGGCUUUGCAGCACAAAAGCAGACACAAUUUAAACAAAACCCUAUUCUGAGUACCCCAAAAAAUCCUGAUGCUAGUCCAAGCACAUGACCUUUAAAAUAGAAGAACUAGCCAUUCCUGAAGAGCUUUUGCAGGAAAACUGAUGAGAUAGCUGCAGCACAGAUGAAGUGUUUAGUCCCAGAGUCCUGAUGGAUUUCCCAGGAGUUUGCCUUUUUAUGCUGUUUCCGGGCAUCCCCAUUUCUUCACAUAAUCUAGGGCAGCACAGUGUUUAGACAGCCUCCAGAUGAGGAUCAGCUAUCCAGUCUUCACAAUGGACUUAGCAGCACAACAUGCAAGCUAGAAACAAAGCAAGAUCCUUCAAAAGAUCAGAUGCAUAAGCAGAUACAAUGGGUAACAAUUUAAGGAGAUAUACAAGCAUGACAUUUUAGCAGUUUCAGUUUUAACUUGUUUCUCCUAAAUGCUUCAAAUGCCUGAAUUUUAAGGAAAUCCUACACAUACAUUAUCCAAGUCUAUUUACUAGGCCACACACACACACACAAAAACAAACAAACAAAAAAACC